GAAGGGGGACGGGACCUUCAUCGGGAGUCGCCAGAGAUCCUGCCGUGCGGGGACUGGCGCAUGGGCUGCUGCUCGUCGUCGGCAGCGAAGAGGAGACGGGGCGCCGAGUCCGGAACACGACCGGCCGGGGCGGGUGGUCGUGGCGGGGCGGGGGAUCUAAGAAGCAGCAGCGCAAGCAGAGCAGUGCUCGGGGCGAAUCUCUGGCUCGCGCUCAAGGAGAGUCGCAGGGCUCCGUCGAGCAGGGGGGCGGUGGCCGGCGACUGUAGCGUGGAGAGCGAGCAGGAAGGAGCGCAGGCCGAGCUGCACGAGAGGAAUCGCGAUCGAGCGAGAGGGUCGACGGAGCCCUGCGAUAUUAUUAUAUGCAACGAAAGCCGUGACGAAGCUGGAGCGCCCCCCGCCCCGUCUGACGUGAGGAAAAGUGUCGCUGGGUUGAGCUCGUGAGAGGUUCAUGGACACGCAGGACAUGCGGCCGGGAAUUUGUUAGCGAGCCCGCCCGCCCGCGCGCCUGCCUGCCUGCCUGCCUGCCAGCCAGUCCGCCCGCCCCGUCUGCCUGCUCGCAUCGAGCGAGCGAACGAGCGAGCGAACCAAGGCUUGUGACACGCUGGGGUUGGGUUGUUCGAUUUGUUGGUUGGACGGAACGAAGCAAGGAGUGCCGGAGGAGGAAGAGGGAGGGAGGGCGCGCAGGAGGGAGGGGGCACUUCAAAGAGCGGUGCCACUCCGGGAGGCAGGCUCAUGUGGAAUGAAGUGGACUGGAUCUGAGGGGUCUGUCUGCCUUCCUGUCUCGCGCCUGAUUGUCCUGGGCUGAGGACAAAAUUCUCGUCAGACUCAUGCUUGAGCGUGCGUGUUUUGUCGUGGAUUUGACGAAAUUUCGUGCUACGAUUAAAUGGUGCUUGCUCAGGUAGGAGAUAGUUACCAGCAGGAGGAGCAGCAGCAGCAGCAGGUAGAUUCGGAUUCGGGGAAGCUGAAUUGAGCUCGAAACUUGCAAGCCACCGCGAGUCCAAGUUAGCAUUGUGAAUGUACCCGUUUCUGAUGGUGAGUCAUUGAACCCGGAUCUUAGAACAUCUGGGGGAUCUACCUGGUUUGCCAUAAAUAUGGAGAUCGUCGAAAGACGGAAAAGCCCCCUCAAGGAUAAAUCGCUUCUGUCGGGAGGCAUCGAAGCGGCCCCUGCCCCGACGAUCAGCCUCUGGAGGACAUGGACCACCUGCUUGGUGCUGGCCUGCGUGUGCACCGUGACCACGGUGAUCUGGGGCCAAUGGCUCGAGGGACCUGUGACGAAGGCGCGAGUGAACGUGAAUCUGCAUCAGCUGGCCAAUUUGCCGGCCAUCUCGUCCGAGGAGGACUCAAUUCUGCGGAUCUCGAGACCCGACACGCAACGCUCGAUCUACGUGCAGGACGCGGUGGUGUUCCCCGACAAUGUGAUGCUGCUGGUGAGGGUGCCGGACACGAUAGAUCUCAUAGGAAACAUGGACAAUCUGGAGUGCAGAUUCGGAGGCAUGAAAAAUCAGAGCACCACGCCAGUGGUUAGCAUCAAGCCGCGGACCAAGGAUCUGCAGAUGGUGCGCUGCUCGCGCCCCGCAUGGGUGAAGGAGUUCCCGGGCAAAUCGCACAAGAACGUGACGCUGGGCAUCCGCGACAGCGACAUCCGCGUGCAGUCGAACGCCGUGUACAAUCCGCAGCGCCUGCCCACCUGGGACUACAUGGUCUACGAGAGCCUGCUGGACACCGACAGCCUCGUGCUGCUGGUCAAGGGCCUGGUCACCAAGAGCUCCAAGCGCAUCGACGUCAACAGCGUGCGCUGCGUCUUCGGCAAGAAGCUCUCGUCGAAGAAUGUGUUCGAGACGCGCGUGCUCACGGCCGCGCAGGAGAUCGUGCGCUGCGAGAAGCCCCCGCCCCACCUCGAGGAGCGCAUGCGCGGCUACCACCUCAGCGUCAGCGCGCACUGGCUCGGCGUCAUCCCGUCCGCCACUUACUACAACCCCGACAACCGCCCCGACUUCUUCAUGGAGUCGUUCGCCAUCACGCCCCGCGCCCGCGACGUCGAUGCCUCGACCUCGGCCUCGAAUUCCAUCUCGACCGCGGAUGCGGAUUCGGACUCGGACUCGGAUUCCUCGUCGUCGUCGUCGUCGUCGGCGCUAGCGCUGGCGCAAUCGGAGCCUUUCGACGGCUUCGGAGCGCCGGCGCCGAAGCGCAAGCUGUGCGCCUGCACCAUGGUCUGGAACAAGGCGCGCUUCAUCAAAGAGUGGGUCAUGUACAACAGCUUCUUCGGAGUGGAGCGCUACUUCGUGUACGACAACGACAGCGACGACAACAUCGAGGAGGUGGUGGAGUCGCUGUUCGCGCACAACAUCAGUCGCAUGGUGUGGCCGUGGAUCAAGACGCAGCAGGCGGCGUUCUCGCAUUGCACCAUCCUGGCGCGCGAGGAGUGCGAGUGGGUGAUGUUCGUGGACGUGGACGAGUACAUAUUUCCGCCGUAUUAUCUGGCCAAGACCAAGCACUCGGACGGCACCGAUGCCAAGGUGCUGCACCGCGUGAUCGAGACGGAGAGCGAGAAGGUGCGCAGCAGCACGGGCGGCGGCGUGCUGGGCGAGAUCCAAUUCGACUGCCACAAUUUCGGGCCCUCGGGCUUGGACCACAGCCCCGAGCAAGGAGUGACGGUGGGCUACACCUGCCGCCUCAAAAACCCCGAGCGCCACAAGUCCAUCGUCCUGCUCGACGCCGUCAACAACAGCCUGCUGAACGUGCUCCACCACUUCGAGCUGCGCACGAACUUCCACUCCGUCAAACUCAUGCGCAGCGUGGCCGUCGUCAAUCACUACAAGUUUCAGGCGUGGGACGUUUUCAAGAUGAAGUUCGUGCGGAGGGCCGGGACGUACACCACGGACUGGCAGAAGGCGGAGAACAAGGGCUCGCGCGACAGGACGCCGGGCCUGGGCACGGAGGCGGUGAAGCCCGACGAUUGGGAGCAGCGGUUCUGCGAAAUUGAGGAUCUGAGGCUGCGGGACUUCGCGCUGCAAACCUUCAGGAGCCCGGGCGACCCCGAGAAGCUGCAAUGGCAACUCGACGAGAAGCAACAAUAGCCCCAACGACGACGACGCCGACGACGGACCGACCGACGCACGGGCCGGACGCAUCGAACGAUUGAUUGAGAUUGUUGAUUGUUGAUUGUGUACAUGCUCAUCACCCUAAAUUAAACGUCACCGGCCGAGCUUCGAUCGGUCCGCGUCACCGAGCGAGCCACCAUCAAGAAGCAGCAGCAGCAGCAGCAGCAGCAGAGGCUGGCAGAAGCGAGCGAGCGGACGCAGGGGCUGGGCUGGUUGCGCAAAGCUCUUCCGACAUUCCCCGCCUCCACGACGCGCGAGCGAGGGCACGAGUGCGCACGGAACUGCGGGGUACACUUCUUUCGACGGCAGGCAGGCAAGCAGGCAGCAUCGCUCAUGUACAAUCGUUGCAGAUAAAUGCGGUGGUGCGCUGGAGCCGAGGCUCACGAUGAAGCUCCAGCUGCGCCAUCGACCAGCUACGCUGAGGCUCGUAACCUCUCAUGAACCCGACCUCUACCACACGAACACUCGAUAAAAAAAUUUUCUCGAACAGCAAGCAGUUAGUUGUAAAUUAAUUCUUCUAUGAGCUCGCGGGAUAUGCAUUGAGUUCGUGCAACUCGCGCACAUUACCGGAUCAAAUUAAAUGCGACGUGCCGCUUUCUUACGUCGGUCGUCGUCGAGAUGGGAACUCAACUCAUGUGGAGCUUCUACGUAAUAGUUCUGCCUUCUGAUCCUCGUCUGUCAAGGAGACCUCCGGCAGACGAAUAUUUGUAAGACACAUGUGUAGCCUCCGUCGGUGAAUCAAUAUCACCCACGGCCUGACUCAUAAGAGCUCGAGCAUGCGUCUGGACUCACGAAAUUCUGGUGUAUAAAGUUCAAGAAAGCUUCAACUCUUGACGAAUUAAAUUACAUUUGGUCCCGCGCUCAC